CUUCUCUCUUUCUUUUUUUUUUUUGGCUUUUUGAAGCACUCCUUUUUUUAUAUAUAUAUUUAACUUAUGUCUAGCCCAGCCGCAAGUGGAGAUUAUUUCGAGUCUACAAGUGACACAUAUUUAUCUACUGGACCUUACUUUACCGACGAUCCUAUACCUAGAUCAACUUCACCUGACUCCCUACCAAUGCACCCUCAUGACGGCCCAGUUCCACCUUUAAGAGAAGGCAGUAGAGGAUCUAACGACACGAUGUCUUCUGAUAAUUUUUCCAUCACUACACCUCCCGUAACCACAGAGAGCCAACCAAUUCCAGUCAAGAAACCAAAGAAACGGUUGAGCAACGUCUUCAACAACGGAUUCUUUGGAUCUCUUAAAAUGACUCCAGCUUCACCCACCAAUCAAUCAUUGUGCUCUCAAUCUCCAGAUAUGACCGAUCGACGGUUUAGUGGUGCAUCCAUUCACAGCUCUAGCUCCGUUAGUAGCAGCGCCAGUAAAUUAAGUAAAUCCUUCACACGUCUCUUUCUCAGCACAUCACCCUUUAAGAGAAAUCACGACAUGACUUGCGGCUCACUCGGUGUCGUUCCUUUACUGACUGAAAAGUAUGGUGACUAUGUCAAGCCAGAGAAACGGUCGUCAAAGGGCAUGGGCUCUACAUCCAAGAAGAAUAUUGCUAGUGGUGCUACGGCUGUGAUCCGUCUGGUGCGACAGAGAACAGGUGGCCGUAUUUUGGCAGUCAAAGAAUUCAAAAAGAAAGAGAAAAGCGAAGAUGAGAAAGAAUAUGAAAAGAGGAUGCUUAAUGAAUAUUUUAUCAGCAAAUCAGUUUCAUCACAUUCUCACAUUGUCGAAACACUUGAUCUUGUUAAAGAUGAGAAGGCACGCUGGUGUGUCGUGAUGGAAUAUUGCUCAGGCGGCGAUGUAUUUAACCUUUUACAUGAAAAACCAAACAUGACACUAGAUGAGGUUGCCUGCCUCUUUAAACAACUCCUACUUGGCCUACAGCACCUUCAUCGUCUUGGCGUUGCGCAUCGUGAUAUCAAACCUGAAAAUUUAAUUCUCACAUCGACGGGAACACUGAAAAUUGCUGAUUUUGGCGUUGCUCAAGUCGUGCAAGAAAAAGACGGCAAUUGUUGCAAAAAUUGGUGUGGUUCAGAACCAUUUUGGUCACCAGAAAUGUGGAAGAUUACAAACAACGAAACACUCUAUGAUGCUAGAGCUCUCGAUGUUUGGAGUGCAGCUGCAACUUACUUUUGUAUUCGUUUCAAACAAUUACCCUUUACGGCUGCUUUUUAUACCGGCAAACCUAAAGGCACGCCUCCUCCCGAUGCUGUCGCAGGUUCACCUGCUGCUGUUGCAGCACAAGCAGAAGAUGGUGGUGAUGCAGAUUAUAAACAUUAUAUAGAUCAACGUCAGACGAUAGAACCAAGUGAAUGUGACCUCUUUAAAGAUUUCACAGCACCUGAACGACAAUGUCUUGCUGGCAUGAUGGACCCUGAUCCAAAAACUCGAUGGACUGUUGACCAAGCGUUAGAAUCUGCUUGGAUGACCCAAAUAGAAAUAUGUGAAAAUGGUAAACUCUCAAAUGGGUUUUACCACACUCAUUAUUGUGUAUUAAAAUAGUAGACUAUGUAUUAUAUUUUUUUUUCCUUAUGUAAAAUGUUUUUAUCAAAAGCCUGACAACAACGUAUUUAAUAAAAAUCGUAUAUUUAAAAAAGCUCUCUUUUUAGAGCAAAGUUCCUAUCAAGCUUUUUUUUUCCCUUUCUUGUGUUCUUUAUCA